AUGAGCGAGGAGUCCUUCCGGACCUUGCUGUGUCAGAACUAUCACUAUGGCCUGUGCAAGCGUGGAGUUGCCUGCGCCUAUGCGCACGGUGAAGAGAUGCAGAAUCCACCAGGCGGUGCGCAGCAAUGGCGUGAGCAGGAGGCGAAGCGUGAUCACAGAACAUCCCUGUGCAAGUUCUACUGCAAAACUGGUUUUUGCAGCAAUGGCCAAUUCUGUCCUUAUGCACAUGGACGGGACAAGCAAAGAACCCUGGAGGAGGUUGUGAUGCAGAAGCACAAACUUUGCAAGAAGUGGGAGCAGGACCAGAAGUCCCCGUUCUGUGCGCAGGGUGCCAACUGCCCCUUUGCGCAUGGCCCGGAGAAACAGAAAACACCGCGGGGUUUCGCCGAGAAGAAGAAGGAACAGGAGGACGCGAAGCUAUACAAGACGCAGCUCUGCGCGUUCUACACUCGCCAUGGCUUCUGCUGCAACGGCAAGUACUGCAUGGAUGCUCAUGGAGACAACGACCAGGUUGCAAUGUCCGACAAUUUCUACGAGGCUUCGAUUAGAUGCCGCGACAAGCCGUGCAUUAAGCACCUUCAAAACAGAUGCAUCAAUUUCCACAAUGGCAAAGAAUGCGAUGAUGCGCAUAAGCCUGCUGAGCUCCGGCCGCUGGAUCGCGACAAGGCCAAAUUGUGGAAGGAAUGCUUGCGCCCUCAUAAAAAGAAUGCCGUCGACGACGAUGACUAUGAUCGCAAGAUGUGGAACUUGUACACCGCCAUGGAGGAGUUCUAUCCGCGAGAAGCUGAGCAAGCACUCAACUUUGUGAAGGUGGGCAAGAUCGGCAAUGACGGUAUGCCAAACUGGAUCAAAGAGGUGAAACUCCGCAGCCUCAACGGCGUCUUGGAAAAGCAGGGUGUGCGCAUCGAAGCAGACGGCGAAGUCACAUUGCUCUCUGAGUUUAAGGGGCAGGUGGACGUCAUCAAUCAAAGGAUUGCGCAGCUCUUGCUGGUGAUGCAGGACAUCUUCUGCGAGGCCAAUGAGAAAAAGAUCAAGGCAGCGCUGGGACCCAGCAUCAACGGCUGGGGCUUUCCAGAGCAGGGUGCCAAGCAGUGUGAGAAUUACCACGAACACGGAUGGUGCAGCUUCGGGAAACGAUGUGUGAAAAGCCAUGCAACAUGUGAUGAGAAUGGUUUCUGCGAGCCGAAUGGCUUCCGGAAGGCAAGAGUCAGGGUGUCCGGCACAACCGCAGAAGAGCUUCUCGAGCUCAGCGUGGAAGAUGAUCAAAUGAAGAUACCAGUUCCCAAUGUUGAGUGGCCCUAUAACUACACGUUGCCAGAGGAUGGAACGAUUGUUUACUACAAGAUUCGCAACAUUGAUUGCAGACGUUUGCAGUCGCUCGUCAAGGUCAGUGACCGUGAGCGGGUAAAGAGGCCAAUGCAGCGAAGAGCGGUUGUUGGUUCAAGCAGCCUGCGGAGUGUUCGCGUUCUUCUUGAGGAGAACAGGUCCGAAAAACUGGGGAUCACAACGGAUGAUCACAAAACGAGCGACGGAUUCUUCAUCCCAAGUUAUCAGCUGUAUGCUUUGGAAGACAUCAAACUGCAAGCAACCCUGGAAUAUUUCAAAUCGGGCAUGACCACGCAAGGGCGGAAGCUGUACGCCAUGCUGGCGCCACCCAUGCCAGAGGAUCUGGUGUUUACAACUGGUGCUGUGGCCAGUUCUGAAAGCAGCGACACAGACGACCUGGAGCUCGCCCCACCUGAACCUUCAAAUCCUCGCGGCAGAGCUUUUGGAGCAUUCAAACCCUUGCUGGCGCUGCAGCAAGAGCUUCGACAAGUCGCCAACAGCGCGUGGGAUUCCUCGGAGACCUUAUCCCUGGGAGGCUUGCAGCCCUGGAGCACCAGUGCUUUCGAAGAAUUUUGCCAAAGCUCCCUCCUGGAUUGUUUCACACGCAUGAUCUUUAAGAUCAAAGAGCCCCUUGCACUGGUCAAGAAUGCCAACACCUCCAGCGACCAGGGCACUGACACCGCCCGAAAAAGGCUCCGGCAAUGGGUGCUGGACCUGCUAUCAUCUGAAAAGGAUUUCUCCAACAGAGACUAUGCGGAUAAAGUCAUUCAAGGUGGAAUGGCCGAACAACGUACUUGUCCCACGUGUGAGCGUGAUCAGAAACGCUUCUGCUGCCUGCUGUGUGACAACGAGUACUGGGUGGUGCAGCCGUCAGCGUCAGACUGUCACGAGUGUGCAUGCAAGCCGAAAGCCAGAGCUUGCCAGAUGUAUUUUGAUGUUCAUCCGCAAGAUGAAGACGACUUGUUGAGAUGGACCUUAGCGCAGCUUCUACGCAAUCUCUUCCGCCUGAGCUGGCAGAAGGCUGCAACAAAGAAUUGCAUCAAGGGUGGCAAGAAGGAAAAGAAACAUUGGCUGGCCAGCUCAGCUGAAUUCAGUGUGGAACGGAUGCGGCCAACGCUUCCUUUCUGGACGUAUGCCUUCUCAAUCUUAGCGCAGGAUCCCCUGACAGAGGCCACAACCCAGAAGAUUCACAAGGCUUUGCAAGAAGCAUGGAAGCAGCAGAUACUCACCGUAAGUGGAGAAGAUGGGCAAGAAUGGGCUUUGACGAGUCCGGGCGUUAAGGCCUUAGAGCAUCUGUUGAAGAUCAAAAUGAGCCUGCGCAACACUGCUGUCCAUGGCCAUGCUCAGUCAACCUUGAGUGACCUUCGUGGCUUCCCCACUGCCCCAGAACUGGCUUACCAGCUGCUGGAUCAAGAGCCGGCGGCAGGGACCAGAGAAGCUGAUUGGUGUGGAGACUGGGAUGUGUACAGAUUGCGAAAUCUCAAAGGCGAUGGCUUCAAAGUUGGGGAUGCCAAGAAGGGUAGUUGGGCCCAGAACAAGUUCAAGACUGGACAGGGUGCUGUGAAGGAGGACUGGAAAGUGGUCUGUGACGUUAGCUUGUGUCUCCAAAUCAAGCAAAAGCCCAAAGCAGCGAAGAAGGAGAACAAGAAGAAACAGAAAAAGAAGAAGGUUGAGGAGGAUGAAGGGCCUCCAGACGACGAGCCUGAAGACGAUGAGCCCCCGGUCAUAGUGCCCAGGAAUCUCACGUUUUGGCCGAUGUGCAUCAGUGGCCAAAGGUGGGAGGAUGAUUUCAAGAAAGUAGCAUUCAGUUUGCACUACUGUGGACCGAGAUCCUUGGAGAAGAAGGAGGUGCACACGCGGAUUGACUUCAAUCUGAGCAAGGUGGAAGGAAACAUGGGAGGAUAUUGGCAAGGCUCCGGGGUGCUGCACAAUGCCGAUGGACGUUGGGAAGGGAUGGUGGACCGUGCAGAGGGACCAAGUAAGCAGUGGAUUCAACUACAUCCUUCGAAACCCUUCCCUGCGGUGGAACCUCAGCUGUCUCAAAGCGAAAUUAGCAGAAUUCGCGCAGCCAUCGAGUUGGCCAAGCAGUGGCGUGCCAUGUACGAGGCUGUGAUGGACCGCGAGCGGCACGCUCUCAUCCCUCGCAAAGUACUGGAGGCUGACAUCCUGCUAGGCCGCAGUGCUGCAGACACCUUUGCCACCGCUUUGUCGGAGCUGGUGAAGGACAUGUUUGGAAUCGUUGUGGCUGGGAAAGACCUGCACACCAGGGUGCAGUGGAAGAAAGUGGAGGCUGGGAAAGCAAAGCAAUCAGCAGAUGCUGACAAGGCAAGCAGCCGAAAGCACCUUCUCUCGCCAUGUGGCGAGGACAAGGACGAUGCGUCCGAUCUUGGGAGCUCAAUUGCAACCUCGAAGACAAGCAAAAAAGACAAGAAAGACAAAAAGGACAAGAAGGACAAAAAGGAAAAGAAAAGAGAAAAAGACAGAGCUUCAGGGCGUGAGUAA